CAGAACGCCCCUAUCUCCCAGUAAAGCCAUAUUCCUGUCACCCUCCCGUAUCUCUUCCUCCAGUCCCGCUUCGCCCUCAACGUCGCACAGGUGACCUGAACCAUCUAGGGCGCGGAAAGGCGGGGUCAGCCUCGGCAGCCAAUCAGGGCUCGGCCCCUAGCCCAGCCAAUCGGGCCGGGCCAGUUGGGGCUUAGCCAAUCCGGCCGGAAGAGGAAGACCUGGGAUAGUGCCUGCGCUUCUCGCUGCCAGCUUUGGGUGGCGCUACGUGGGGUCAGCUGGUGCCGGCCGCGGUCCUUGCUCGCUCGCUUGUUCCCCGGGAAGCCCCUGGUGUGCCGUCCCCGAGGCCAUGGGGCGGCAGUGGGGGCCAGCCAUGAGGGCGGCCGAGCAGGCGGGCUGCGUGGUGAGCGCCACCCGGGCUGGGCAGCCCGAGGCGGGCUCGUGGAGCUGCAGCGGGGUGAUCCUGAGCCGCCGCCUGGGCCUGGUGCUGUGCCACGGGGGCAUCUUCACCCCCUUCCUGAGGGCCGGCAGCGGGGCGCUGACCGCGGCCGGCGCCGUCUUCCUGCCCGGCGACAGUUGCGGCGACGACCUGCGCCUGCACGUGCAGUGGGGCCCAACGGCCGCGAGUCCGGCAGGCCGCGCGGAGAGGGGCCGCCCGGGGCUGUGCACGCCCCAGUGCGCCGGCCUGGAGCCCGGCCCGCCCGCCCGGUUCCGCGGACGGCCGCUGCAGCCCCCCCGCCCCGCCGAGCUGCUGCUGCUGUUGAGCUGCCCGGCCUUCCGGGGCCACUUCGCGCGCCUCUUCGGCGGCGAGGCGGCCAAGCAGUGGAGCUUCGCGAGCGCCGCACCGGACGACGAGGUGUCGGAGGAGGAGGAGGAAGACCAGCUGAGAGCGCUGGGCUGGUUCGCUCUGCUGCGCGUGCGGCCGGACCCGGAGAAGGAGGCGGAGGCGGAGGAGCGCGGGCCGGUAUUGGCCGUGGCGCCUCUCGGGGCUGUGCCCAAGGGUGAGCCGCUGGUGGCCUGCGGCUCCCCGUUCGGGGCCUUCUGCCCCGACAUCUUUCUCAACACGCUCAGCUGCGGCGUCCUCAGCAACUCGGCCGGCCCUCUGCUGCUCACCGACGCGCGCUGCCUGCCAGGCACCGAGGGUGGCGGCGUGUUCGAGGCGCGACCUGCGGGGGCGCUGGUGGCGCUGGUGGCGGCGCCCCUCUGCUGGAAGGCCCGCGAGUGGGUGGGCCUCACGCUGCUCUGCGCCGCCGCCCCUCUCCUCUGCGCCGCCCGAGCGGCCCUCUGCCGCCUGCACCCCGGCGCCGCCGCCCUGGCCGCCUUCCUACCACAUGAGAUGGGCUCCCCGUGGGGCCUGCCCCUCCGAGACCCCGGACCCCCCUGGGCAGCUGCGGCCGUGCUGGUGGAGUGCGGUUCCGUUUGGGGCUCCGGAGUGGCCGUGGCACCCCGCCUCGUGGUGACCUGUCGGCAUGUGGCCCCUCGGGAGGCGGCCAAGGUCCUGGUGCGCUCCACCACCCCCAAGAGCGCCGUAAUCUGGGGACAUGUGGUAUUUGCCACCCAGGAGACAUCUCCCUAUGAUAUAGCAGUGGUGAGCCUGGAGGAGGAUCUAGAUGGUGUCCCUGUACCUGUGCCCGCUGAGCAUUUCCAUGAAGGCGAGGCUGUCAGUGUGGUGGGCUUCGGUGUCUUUGGCCAGGCCUGCGGGCCCUCGGUGACCUCAGGCAUCCUGUCAGCUGUGGUGCAGGUGGAUGACACACCAGUGAUGCUUCAGACCACGUGUGCUGUGCAUGGUGGCUCCAGUGGGGGACCUCUCUUCUCCACCUGCUCCGGGGACCUCCUGGGCAUCAUCGCCAGCAACACCCGGGACAAUAACACGGGGGCCACCUACCCCCACCUGAACUUCAGCAUUCCCAUCACGGUGCUCCAGCCGGCCCUGCAGCGGUACAGCCAGGCAGGCGACCUGGGCGGCCUCCGCCAGCUGGACCGCGCCCCUGAGCCAGUGAGGGUGGUGUGGCGGCUGCAGCGACCCCUGGCAGAGGCCCCACGGAGCAAGCUCUGAAGCUGUGGCACCCCUCUAGAGAGAAGAGCAACCAUCUGAUGCCGUGGGGAGCGCUGAGGCUGGUGGCCUGAGGACCCUGACACGGCACACCCCAGCCAGGCUGCAUCCCCAUCACCACCCACCUUGCUCAGCUCUGGAGUCUGGACCAAACUUCUCUUUAGCCCCCACGGAUCUCUUACCUGGCAGCCCGUUUUGGGGUGCUUUCUCGAGCCACCACCUCUCUCUUCCCCCGACACUAGGCUCAGCUCUGUUCUUUCCCCUUCUGGGGAGCGCAGUACAACCGUACAACAGACAGACCUGGUCCUAACAGACAAAUGUUACUGGAAGGCAGGCCCAGCCACGGUUCCCUGUCUCCUGAGGGUCACUGGGCGCCUGCAGCGGCGGCUUCCUUGGGGCCUGGGUUCCUCUCUGCUCUCGGUCAGAAUGGGGCUGACAGCACUGGGGCUUCCUCAGAAAACCUCAGCAGAGAGGCCCUGCUCUGAAGACCAGAGGCGGAAGGGAAAGAGCAUCUUCCUGUCCCGCUGGACCAGCGGUGGCGUCCCCGAAAGCCAGGACUCCCGGCUCUUCGUAUGUCGGGUGCCCUGACCUACAGGGGCACGCUGACACAGUGCCUUAAUUUUCCGGCCCGUAAAGUGGCUCUCAGGGGUCGGGGGUGGGGACGUGGUGGGGGAGGGGUAGAAUGUGUCUAGUUGGGGUUUGGGAAUAAACAGGACCUACGAGGGACAGGACCUACUAAUACAUACCAGCUUCUUUCUUUUCCUUCUUUGUUUUGAGAGUUGAAUGGGGAAUAGGAAAGCACCAGGCACAGAAAUAUACCUUUCCAUCCUGCCUUUUCAGGGGGGUUUGAUCUCACGGGACACUCUUGCGCCAGACUAGUCCUGGUAGCUGGCCGUGGUGCCAGUUAGCACUGGGCGGGGCUUGCAGAUCCCAGACGGUGGUGGCCUUGGCCUGGCAGCAACUGUUUACAGGCUGCCUGGAUGGACCCAGGCCUGUGCCAGGUCCUGGAAUGGAUGGGGGUUGGGGAGUUCAAAGGUGAAUGAGGCCAAGGCAGGCCCUAGGAACUAAGGCCAACCCUGGGAGUCAGGAACAUGCACUGUGUGCCCAGGGCCCUGCCUGUGCAGGCCGUCAAGAAAUGAUUGUUAAAUCACUGACAGGUUGAAUGCCAUUGGGGAAUGACUGGGGGAGAGGGGGCUAAUCUAAGCAGAGAGAAUUGCUGGGAGUACUUUGUUUCUAACAUCUGUUUGCUGAGCACCAGCUCUGGGCAACCACAGAAUACCCCUGAGACAGUUGUUCCCCUCUGUGUGCAUUAGGAAUGGGGCCAGAGGGCAAAGUUAGCUUGAGAGAAAUCCUGUAGUGAAUUUAUGGAGGUGGGGAGGGAGAGCCGAGUUCUGACCUGGCUGCAAGUGGGAAGGGGAGGAUUGAUUCCAGCAUGUGUGGGUACCAAGGAGCUCAGGCUAUUCCGGGGAGACUGGUGUGUCACCCCGUUAGUGGAAUGAGCAGGGCGUCUCUGUCCUGUUCAGGUGGAAGACCACGUCCAGGGGCCCAGAGCAGGGAGGGUCAGGCAAGAAUUCAUGCAGCUGAACCCUGAGGGGAGAGUAGGUAUUUACCAGACAGAAACAGGAAACAGGGAGGGUGUCCAGAUUGAGGGCAGUGGGAGCUGGGACAAGGAAGUGUGAAACUACAUUUGUGUGUCUGGCCAUGCUAAGUGGAGAAGGGAUUGGAAUGGAGGCUGGGGAACCAGUGACAAUGGCCCUGGUGACGGGGAAGAUGGCCACAGCAGGCCUGGUGGGCAUAGAGAUCAAGCAUGACACAGGAGGUGGACCUGACUGGAUGUGGGGCAAUGCAGAGAGAGAGAAGUGUCAAAUGGUGCUGGGUCUCUAGCCAGGAUAGUGAUGAGUGGCUGACAAGUUUAGGGACGAGAUGUUUCCUUGGGUGUCCGUGGGAUCUCAAGUAGAGAGGCACAGCAGGCUGUUAAGUGGAUGAGUUAGGAUAACGCAAUAAAAGGUCCCCUCUCCCCCAUCUCAGUGCCUUAAGACAAUAGAAGUUUGUUUAUUGCUCAUGUAAAGUCCAAAGUCAUGCACCUGACCAGGAAGUGGGGGAUUGUGGCUCCUGUGCAGUUCUGGUUGAGGGACCGAGCUCCUUCCUUCUUGCGGCUCUAUCACUGGGUCUGGGACCUCAGAUCCUCUGCCAGGUCUUCUGUACCUGGAUGGUGGAUGGGGGAAAAGAGAGAGGAGAAGACAUUGCUGCUGCUUUUUAAAAAAAUGAUUUUAUUUUGAAGCAGUUUUAAACUUACAGAAAAGUAACAAGAAUCCCCACACGCCCUUCCCCCAGACACCCCAUACCAUUUGUGCCAUAUGCCCCAGUGAUGUUCUCUGUAACAAAGAGACCUCAUUUGGGAUCAUGAGUUCUACCCACCUGCCAUGGCUCUCUCCCCUUUGACUUGGAGCAGCUCCUAAGGCUUUCCUUGAGUUUGCUGCCCUUGACCUUCCUGCAGAAAACAGGGCAGUCAUUUUGCAGAAUGUGCCUUAGCUUGGGUUUGUCCACACUUCCUCAUGAUUAGAUUUGGGAUACACAUCUUUGGGAUGUAACAUUAGUGAUGUUGUCUUAUCAUCAUGUUCUACUGGGUGGUGCAUGAUCUUUAUUUGUCAGAUUAUAGAUGAUAACCUUGAACAUUUGAGUAAGACGGUGCCUGCUAGGUUUCUCCACUGUAAAGUUCCUUUUUUUCUUUGUAAUUAGUAAGUAUUUGUGUGGCAGUAUUUGGAGACUAUGUACAUAUCCCUAUCCCACUUCCAUCUACUAUGCUUAGCACCCACUGAUGUCCCUUGGCUGAAUAACUUUAAUGUUUGCCCAAUGGAAAUUUUUUAUUUUCAUUUUUCCUCCUACAUUUAUUCACUGGCUUUCUAUUGUAAGUAAAAGCUUUCCCUCCUCUCUGUUUAAUUGUA